GGACUUUUUUUAAAAGACAACAAUUUACUAGCCUAACGCACCAUUUUAUAUAUUCCGUUUAGUAAAAUGUUAUUGUCUUUUUAUAAUACUUGGAUUAUUUUUUAAAUUAUUGUCCAGAGAGAACUAAAGGCCAGUUUUUCGCAGUUUAGAAAUUGAAGUUUCGUGUAAAAUCAGGUAGUUUGCCGAGGGUAUACUGACAAGUGUUUCAGUGAUGCAAAGUAGCGGAUAAUUUUAGAAACCAACGGACAUGGAAGAACAAGACAAAAGAUUAGAGUAUUUACAGGUCUUCACGUUAAAGACCCUAAAGCAGAAAGCUGACAAAUGGACGAAGUUUGUAGCCACGGAAGAGAACCGACUGAUUGUUUACAAUUUCUUUGAGAAAGCAGACGUUUUGGUUUUGAUCAUUUCCAUGAAUCAAGCAGCCCAACUAGUAGCUAACCAGGAGUUCCCGCGCUCCUUGAAAAACAAGGCUGUUUAUUUUAUCAAGAAGAACAAGGAAGUGAUCACGAAAGACAGCGUUAAAAACCUCCUCGUUGGAGACGUCGCCUUCUCGCCCGUAGACGAGCUAAUCACCGUGGUGGAAGAGGUGGUUUAUUCAUUGCACACCAACAGUGAUAAUAUGCGAGGCUGGCCGCGAGUGGUGGCAGACGAUGUAUGCAGACGUGCUCACAAGUUGAAGAAUGAAAUGUGUGUUGUUGGAGGGCAAGUUAAAGGCAAAACACACCUUCCUUUGCCCGAAAAUGCUGACAAGUUAGUGGACCCCGAGGGCCGCAGAUUCCCCCCUCCUAUUGACGGCAAGCUAAUGCAUGCCUUUGAAACGGUAAUAAUAGAGUGGACUCACCAGAUUAAAGAUGUUUUGAGUAAGGACUCUGCACAGCCGAUUUUGGAUGGGCUAAACCCUCUGCCUAAAGUGGAGAUUGAUUUCUGGAACUGCAGGCUAAGGAAUCUUGAUUACAUUUAUGAACAGCUGUUGAAUCCACAAGUACGCAAAAUAGCUGAGAUAGUGGAAAGGGCAGCCAGCAGCUACUGGCCAGCUUUGAAGAGCAUUUACAGGGAUGUUAAUGAAGGAUUGAAAGAGGCCAAGGAUAUUGUUCUCUACCUGAAACCCUUGCACAAGGUAUUGGAGGAAGUGGAGCAAGUGGACUAUUCAUUGUUGCCUUCCUAUGUUGGAGCAGUGAUGCACACAGUUUGUUUGAUUUGGGCAAACUCAGAGUACUACUGUCAUCCUGAGAGAAUUAUUGUCAUUCUGCAAGAGAUCUGCAACCUAUUUAUUGAAUUGACCAGAGGUUUUUUAGGGCCAGAUGAGGUGCUGAAGGGGCUGCAAGGAGAAACAGACGAAGUACAUGCAAAAAUAAAACUGAGUGCUCUCACAUUGGAGACUCUCAGGGAAUCGUACGGUCAGUGCAGGUCAAAGAUGGAUGGUUUUUUCAAGGAUAAAAAGACAAAGCACUGGGAAUUCCCCACGUACCUUGUUUUCUCAAGGCUUGAUGCAUUUCUACAGCGCUUACAGACCAUUGAGGCACUGUAUCACAUCUCGGUGGAGUUUCUGAAGCUGGAGAAAGUAGAUAUUCAAGGUGUGAGAGGCAGUGCCCUGGGGACCAUGGUGUUCUCUAUCUAUGAGGAGUUCCUGGAGCUGAUCAAAGUGUUUGCAGAGUGCAAAUAUGACACCCUGGACCCCGAUGACAAAACAUUUGAUGAAAGCUUUGCCAAUUUCCGGGAUCAAAUUCAGGAUUAUGACAGAAGGCUGGGAACUGUGCUUAGUCAGGCAUUUGAUGACUGUUCAUCUAUUGAAUCUACUGUAAAACUUUUUGACAUGUUUGGUUUCCUUUUGGAGCGUCCUGACAUAAAAUCACAGAUGUCUUUGAAAUACAAAGACUUGGUUGAGAUGUUUAACAUUGAGUUAGACAGAGCAAAGCUGGUGUAUGAUGCUCAGAUGGCAACUAUGAAAGCAAGUGGAGAUGUUCCACCCAUCAAUAAAAACCUGCCCCACAUAGCCGGUCAGCUGAAAUGGGCACAAGAGCUGCGAGACAGGAUCCAGACGCCCAUGAAAAGCUUCAAAGCUAUAAAUCACCCCUGCAUGUUAACGGAUGAAGCCAGGAUGGUUUUCUACAAAUACGAUGAAAUGUUGAACUUACUCCAGAAUUAUCGUAUGCUUGUAUAUAAUGGAUGGACCAAAAGAGUAGACACAGACUGCCAUUUCAACCUAGACCAGCCCCUGAUCUUGCGCAACCCAAAGACUAAUUUCUUAAGAGUUAACUUUAACAAACAGUUGGUUGCAGUUCUCCGUGAGGUGAAGUACCUGACUAUUCUGGGUCAAGAAAAUAUCCCACUAAGUGCUGGAGAUGUUUUUGCCAAAAAUGAAACCUUUCGAAUGUAUGUUGGCAAUCUGGAUCUGAUUGUAUCCUGGUACAAUAAGAUUAGGUCAACAGUUCUUGCAGUUGAAGUUCCUCUUAUUAAGAGUGAACUUAAAGCUAUAGAUGAAAAGUUGGAGAAAGGUGAAAGUACACUGCACUGGAAUAGUGAGGGUGUAUGGGAAUAUAUACAGAUGAUGCGAGAUUUACUCAGUGACUUUGAAACAAGAAUAGAUAAGACCAAAUCCAAUGUUGAAGCCAUUUUAUUAAUAAUGGAGGAGUGGUCAGUUUCUCCUAUGUUUGAGAGAAAGGACAAUAAAAAGGAAUCUCUUCUUGAUCUCGAUGGAAGAGUAAAUGCAUUAAACAAGAAAUAUGCAGCCAUCAGAGAAUCUGGAGAAAAAAUUCAUGCAUUACUUGAGGAGAAUAAGAAAUUGUUUAGAGCAACUGAUGACACACCAGUGUGGAAGGCAUAUGUAGAAUACACGGAUAAUAUGGUUUUGGAUGGAUUCUUUAAAGUUAUUCAUGUAUCCAUGCAGUUCCUUUCCAACAACAUGUAUGCUGAGGUCAGUGCUGGUCCUCUUUUCGAAGUACGUUUUGAACUGGAAGACUGCGACACUGUUUUCUAUCCAUCUCUUGCAUAUGGGAUUUCAGAUGGUUUCUAUGAUUUAGUUGAAAGUUUAAUAAAUGAUGUUUAUAAAGCUGCACAGCUGGUUCCACGGCUUUCUCAAGAUCACCAUCUGAGCUACCAGAGUGACUUGGAAGAGAUGGUAGAGCUGUCAGAGUUAAGAGAUAGCAUUUUGACCCAUGUUGCUAAUGCAAUGAAGGAGGCCCAGGAUUACCAAGAAUUGCUUGAUAAAUACUCCUACCUGUGGGAGGAUGACCGCGAUGAGUUCAUGGAACAGUUCCUUCUGUAUGGCCAUGUGCUUACGCCUGAAGAAAUAGAAGCACAUGGAGAGGAGAAUGUGCCAAAAAAUCCUCCUACUCUCGUAGAGUACAAAAUACAGAUUGACUUCUAUGAAAACCUCUGUGGUGAAAUAUCCAGACUUGAAAAUUCCAAGGUGUUGGAUGGCUGGCUGCGGAUUGACUGCAGACCUUUUAAACAAGCUCUUUUGAACACCAUCAAACGAUGGAGCCUCAUGUUUAAACAAUACUUAAUUAAACGGGUCACUAACAGUCUGAGUGACCUUGAGUCUUUCAUUAAAGAGGCAAGGGCUGGCCUUACUAAACCAGUGGAAGACGGGGAUUACCAUGGGCUGGUGGAGGUGAUGGGUCAUCUGAUGAGAGUGAAGGACAGGCAGGCGGCUACAGACGGCAUGUUUGAGCCGCUGAAGGAAACCAUCGAAUUCCUGAAGAACUACGGGGUGGAGCUGCCAGAUGAAGUGCACACACAGCUUCAUGAUCUUCCUGAACAUUGGAACAAUAUUAAAAAGACAGUUCUUCAAGUGAAACAGAAUGUUGCACCUUUGCAAGCCAAUGAAGUUACUAUCAUUCGAAGAAAAUGUCAGCAGUUUGAGCUCAAACAGCAUGAAUUCAGAGAGAAGUUCCGUCAAGAGGGCUUCUUUUGCUUUUCUUUUGAAAGGCCACAUGAAGCUUUGAAUGAGAUACACAGACAUAUCUCUUCAUUAGAGAAAGAAAUGGUAUCUCUCUCAAAAUCGGCUAGUUUAUUUGAAGUGAAUGUACCCGAUUAUAAGCAGCUGAAGGCGUGCAGAAAGGAAGUGAUAUUACUGAAAGAGCUUUGGGAUAUGAUCCAUUUGGUGAGAGGCAACAUGGAUGACUGGAAAACCACUCUAUGGAAGGACAUCAAUGUAGAUGAAAUGGACAUGGACACAAAGAAGUAUGCCAAAGAUAUCAAGGGACUGGAUAAGGAAAUGAGAGCCUGGGAUGCUUUCCUGGGGUUGGACAGCAUGGUGAAAAACAUGAUGACAUCUCUCAGAGCGGUGGGAGACCUUCAGAACCCUGCCAUUAGAGACAGACACUGGCUUCAGCUGAUGAUGGCGACCAAGGUUAAAUUUGUGAUGUCAGAUAAGACAACAUUUGAAGAUUUGCUGAAACUUAACCUACACAAUUUUGAGGACGAAGUACGCAAUAUUGUAGAUAAAGCUGUGAAGGAGUCAGGAAUGGAGAAGACAUUGAAAGAGCUUAAUAGCACAUGGAGCACCAUGCAGUUUGAACAUGAAGCCCAUGGAAGAACUGGAACUAUGUUGCUGAAAGUCAGUGAAGAGCUGGUAGAAACCCUGGAGGAUAACCAAGUGCAGCUGCAGACAAUGAUGACCUCCAAGUACAUUGCUCACUUCUUGCAGGAGGUGUCUGACUGGCAGCAGAAGCUGUCCACUGCAGAUGCUGUCAUUUCCAUCUGGUUCCAGGUGCAAAGGACCUGGACACACCUGGAGAGCAUUUUCAUUGGGUCAGAGGACAUUCGGUCACAGCUGCCAGAAGACUCCAAACGAUUUGAUGAGAUUGACACUCUUUUCAAAGAGAUAAUGGCUGAUGCUGUUAAGACACCAAACGUAAUUCAAGCUACUAACAAAGCCGGCCUUUUGAAUAAGCUGGAGCAUCUAGAGAAAAGCUUGUCUAUGUGUGAGAAGGCUUUGGCUGAGUAUUUAGAAACCAAGAGACUUGCCUUCCCCAGAUUCUACUUUGUAUCUUCUGCAGAUCUGCUGGAUAUUUUAUCUAAUGGAAACAAUCCUGUGGAGGUCAGCAAGCAUUUAUCUAAACUGUUUGAUAGCAUGUCCAAACUGGAAUUUCAGCUUGAUGAGAAUAAGAUACCCAUAAAAGUGGGACUAGGAAUGUACAGCAAAGAGAAUGAAUAUGUUAAAUUUGAUAUGGAAUGUGAUUGCUCUGGACAGGUUGAAGCUUGGCUAACUCGGGUGCUAGAAAGAAUGUGUGCUACACUGCGCAGUGAAUUAGGGGAGGCUGUACUGACUUAUGAGGAAAAGCCAAGAGAACAGUGGCUGUUCGACUAUCCUGCACAGGUUGCAUUGUGCACCACACAGGUUUGGUGGGCAACUGAAGUUGGAAUUGCAUUUUCCAGGCUUGAGGAGGGUUAUGAAAAUGCCAUUAAAGACUACUUUAAAAAGCAGGUCACCCAGCUAAACACCCUGAUAACUCUGCUCAUUGGGAACCUCUCAAAAGGCGACAGACAGAAGAUCAUGACUAUUUGUACGAUAGAUGUACAUGCUCGCGAUGUUGUGGGAAAACUUGUUUCUGGCAAGGUUGAAAGCGCUCAGGCAUUUACCUGGCAGUCCCAGCUGAGGCACCGCUGGGAUGAUGAGAAGAAGCAUUGCUUUGCUAACAUCUGUGACGCCCAGUUCAGAUACUCGUACGAGUAUCUGGGGAACACCCCUCGCCUUGUCAUUACUCCCCUAACAGACAGGUGCUAUAUUACCCUCACUCAGUCUCUCCAUCUGAUCAUGGGCGGAGCACCAGCAGGCCCUGCAGGGACUGGGAAAACUGAGACCACAAAGGAUCUGGGAAGAGCUUUGGGGAUUAUGGUAUAUGUAUUCAACUGUUCUGAGCAAAUGGACUACAAGUCCUGUGGUGAUAUUUACAAAGGAUUAGCACAAACUGGAGCAUGGGGCUGUUUUGAUGAGUUCAACAGAAUAUGUGUGGAAGUACUGUCUGUUAUUGCAGUUCAGGUAAAGUGUGUCCAGGAUGGCAUUCGAUACAAGAGGACAACUUUUAAUUUUCUGGGGGAAAUCAUUAACCUAAUACCCACUGUUGGAGUUUUCAUAACAAUGAACCCAGGAUAUGCAGGGCGAGCUGAGCUGCCUGAGAAUUUAAAAGCACUGUUUAGACCCUGUGCAAUGGUGGUCCCUGACUUUGAGCUAAUUUGUGAAAUUAUGUUGGUAGCAGAAGGUUUUAUUGAUGCUAGAAUACUGGCUAGAAAAUUUAUUACCUUGUACACUCUGUGCAAAGAACUUCUUUCAAAACAGGAUCACUAUGACUGGGGGUUGCGUGCCAUCAAAUCUGUGCUUGUAGUAGCAGGAUCUUUAAAGAGAGGGGAUCCAGGUCGACCAGAAGACCAAGUACUAAUGAGGGCCUUGAGAGAUUUCAAUAUACCAAAGAUUGUGACGGAUGACAUGCCAGUCUUCAUGGGGUUGAUUGGAGAUCUCUUCCCAGCACUGGAUGUGCCAAGAAAGAGAGACUUCGAAUUUGAAAAAGUUGUGAAGCAGUCUGUGUUAGACAUGAAGCUACAGGCAGAGGACAGCUUUGUUCUGAAAGUGGUUCAGUUGGAAGAGCUGCUUGCAGUGAGGCAUUCAGUUUUUAUCAUUGGGAAUGCUGGCACGGGCAAAUCUCAGGUGCUUAAAUCCCUAAACAAGACCUAUCAAAACAUGAAGAGAAGACCUGUAGCUGUAGACCUGGAUCCAAAAGCUGUUACCUGUGAUGAGCUGUUUGGAAUUAUCAACCCUGCCACUAGAGAAUGGAAGGAUGGUCUUUUUUCCUGCAUAAUGAGGGACUUGGCCAAUAUUACUCACAGUGGACCAAAAUGGAUAGUCCUGGAUGGUGAUAUAGACCCAAUGUGGAUUGAAUCUCUUAAUACGGUUAUGGAUGACAAUAAGGUUUUGACUUUAGCUAGCAAUGAGCGAAUCCCCCUGAACCCUACCAUGCGUCUUGUGUUUGAGAUCAGCCAUCUGAGAACAGCCACCCCAGCCACAGUGUCCAGAGCGGGAAUUCUCUACAUCAACCCCGCAGACCUGGGCUGGAACCCAGUUGUAACUAGCUGGAUUGAGAAGCGGGAGGUCCAAUCUGAGAAGGCAAACUUAAUGAUUUUGUUUGACAAGUAUUUGCCUGCCUGCCUAGAAAAACUCAAAUUUGGGUUUAAGAAGAUAACCCCAGUUCCCGAGAUCACUAUGGUUCAGACUGUGCUAUACUUCAUGGAGUGUCUUCUGAUACCAGACAAUGCUCCACCUGACUCCAGUAAAGAGCUUUACGAGCUCUACUUUGUAUUUGCCUGCAUUUGGGCUUUUGGAGGUGCAAUGUUUCAGGACCAGUUGAUUGACUAUCGAGUGGAAUUAAGCAAGUGGUGGGUGAAUGAAUUUAAAACUAUAAAGUUUCCAUCUCAGGGAACAGUGUUUGACUACUAUAUUGAUUCUGAGUCAAAGAAGUUCAUGCCUUGGACAGAAAAAGUUCCUGUAUUUCAGCUGGAUCCUGACUUGCCUUUGCAGGCCUCUCUUGUGCACACCUCAGAAACCAUUCGCAUCAGGUACUUCAUGGACAUGAUGAUGGAGAAAAAGCGACCUGUGAUGUUGGUGGGAAAUGCAGGAAGUGGAAAGUCAGUGCUGAUGGGAGAGAAGCUGAGGGGUCUUAACACAGAUAACUAUGUGGUGCAGUCUGUCCCUUUUAAUUUCUAUACCACAUCUGCCAUGUUACAGGCAAUUCUUGAGAAACCACUUGAGAAGAAAGCAGGUAGAAACUAUGGUCCUCCAGGAAGAAAAAAUCUGAUCUAUUUCAUUGAUGAUAUGAACAUGCCUGAAGUGGACAAAUAUGGGACUGUUGCUCCUCACACACUCAUCCGCCAGCACAUGGACCAUGGGCACUGGUAUGACCGACAAAAACUCACACUGAAGGACAUUCACAACUGCCAGUAUGUAGCCUGUAUGAAUCCUACUUCUGGUAGUUUCACUAUCGAUCCUAGACUCCAGAGACACUUCUGUGUAUUUGCUGUGAGCUUUCCUGGACAGGAUUCAUUGCAUAGCAUCUAUAACAGCAUUCUCUCUCAGCAUUUAGAAAUGAACAACUUUCCACCAGCACUUAAAAAAUUCUCAACAACACUGGUCUCAGGUGCUCUUGCUUUUCAUCAGAAGAUUUCUACUUCCUUCCUGCCAACUGCUAUAAAGUUUCAUUAUGUAUUUAAUCUGAGAGACCUUUCAAAUAUAUUUCAGGGUUUGCUGUUUUCAACAGUAGAUUGUGUGAAAGCCCCCCCUGAACAUGUUAGAUUGUGGUUACAUGAAACUGACAGAGUUUAUGGUGACAAACUAGUUGACGAGAAAGACAUAGCACAGUUCACAAAGAUUCAGGCAGAAAUCUGUAAGAAGUGCUUUGAGGAUAUGGAUGAAAAUGUACUGUUUGCAAAGCCCGUCCUUUUUUGUCAUUUUGCACAAGGAGUUGGGGAACCUAAAUAUUUACCUAUAGGUGACUGGCCAACUUUAAACAAACUGUUGGUGGAAGCCUUAGACAGCUACAAUGAAGUGAAUGCAGUUAUGAACUUGGUUCUGUUUGAAGAUGCAAUGUCUCACGUCUGCAGAAUAAACCGAAUUUUGGAAUUGCCACGUGGAAAUGCACUGCUAGUUGGAGUGGGAGGCAGUGGAAAGCAGAGUUUAUCUCGACUAGCUGCCAGUAUCAGUAAUUUAGAGGUGUUUCAGAUAUCACUGAGGAAAGGAUAUGCAAUCCCAGACUUGAAGGUGGACCUUGCUGCCCAGUAUAUCAAAGCAGGAGUGAAGAACAUUGGAACAGUUUUCCUGAUGACAGACUCGCAGGUGGCAGAGGAGCAGUUUCUGGUUCUCAUUAAUGAUCUGCUUGCAUCCGGGGAGAUCCCAGGCCUAUUUCAGGAUGAUGAAAUGGAGAAUAUUAUUGGCUCAAUGCGAAAUGAAGUGAAAGGCAUUGGAUUACAAGAUACCAGAGAAAACUGCUGGAAAUUUUUUAUUGAUAGAGUCAGGAAACAGCUGAAGGUCAUUCUGUGUUUUUCCCCUGUUGGCUCUACUUUACGAGUUCGGGCAAGGAAGUUCCCGGCUGUGGUGAACUGCACGUCAAUUGACUGGUUUCACGAAUGGCCUGAGGAAGCUCUGGUGUCAGUUAGCGCCCGAUUUCUCCAGGAAACUGAAGGCAUUGUGCCUGAAGUUAAAACAUCCCUGAGCCAGUUUAUGGCUUUUGUACACAAAACAGUGAUUGAAAUGUCUAAAGCAUACCUCAGAUCAGACAGGCGCUAUAACUAUACAACUCCAAAAACCUUUCUGGAGCAGAUUAAAUUGUAUCAGAAUCUGCUGUCAAUUAAAAGGAGCGAGUUGCUUUCAAAGAUGGAAAGAUUGGAGAAUGGACUGACCAAACUUCAGAGCACAUCUGCACAGGUGGAUGAUUUAAAAGCUAAGUUAGCAGUGCAAGAAGUAGAACUGAAACAAAAAAAUGAGGAUGCAGAUAAACUCAUUGAAGUAGUAGGUAUCGAGACGGAAAAGGUGUCUAAAGAGAAAGGCAUUGCCAAUGAUGAAGAGUUAAAAGUUCAGGUCAUUGCUAAGAAUGUGGGAGAAAAACAAAGGUCUUGUGAGGAAGAUCUUGCCAAAGCAGAGCCAGCUCUCAUAGCUGCACAGGAAGCUCUUAACACACUCAACAAGAAUAACCUGACGGAACUCAAGUCUUUCGGUUCCCCUCCAGAAGCAGUAGUAAAUGUAACAGCAGCUGUAAUGAUCCUAUUGGCUCCUGGAGGAAAAAUCCCAAAGGACAGAAGCUGGAAAGCAGCUAAGAAUACAAUGGCCAAAGUAGAUUCUUUCCUUGAUGGUUUGGUCAACUAUGACAAGGAACACAUCCAUGAAGCAUGUAUUAAAGCUUUUCAGCCUUACAAGAGUGAUUCCAGUUUUGAGCCUGAAUUUAUUCGGUCUAAAUCCAUAGCUGCUGCUGGUCUGUGCUCCUGGUGUAUUAAUAUUGUCAGGUUUUAUGAGGUGUAUUGUGAUGUAGAGCCCAAGAGACAAGCAUUGGCUCAGGCUAAUGCAGAGCUAGCAGCUGCACAGGAGAAACUUUCCAUCAUUAAAGCCAAAAUAACACAAUUAAAUGCGAACUUAGCCAAACUAACAUCAGAGUUUGAGAAAGCUACAGAGGAUAAACUGAAGUGUCAGCAGGAGGCAGAUGCUACCAAUCAAACUAUUUCUCUAGCUAAUAGAUUGGUGGGAGGACUAGCAUCGGAGAAGAUUCGCUGGUCGGAAUCUGUAGCUCUCUUUAAAGAACAGGAGAAAACUCUAAGUGGAGAUGUGAUGCUGAUUUCUGCAUUUGUUUCAUAUGUUGGUUAUUUUACCAAAAGAUACAGGACUGGUUUAAUGGAUAAAUACUGGAUGCCUUAUUUGAAAGAGCUAAAGGUUCCUAUUCCAAUUACUGAAGGCCUGGAUCCUCUUUGCCUGCUGACUGACGAUGCUGAUAUUGCAGCCUGGAGUAAUGAGGGGCUGCCCAGUGACCGUAUGUCCAUUGAAAAUGCCACCAUCCUCUGCAACACUGAGCGCUGGCCUCUGAUUGUGGAUGCACAGCUGCAGGGAAUAAAAUGGAUCAAAAAUAAAUAUGGAAGUGAUCUCAAAGUAAUCCGUUUGGGACAGAAAGGUUACCUCGAUACAAUAGAGAGGGCAGUUUCAAAUGGGGACACUCUGCUAAUUGAAAAUAUCAGCGAAACCGUGGAGCCAGUGUUGGAUCCUCUGCUUGGCAGAAACACCAUAAAAAAGGGAAAAUACAUUCGGAUAGGUGACAAGGAGGUGGAGUAUCAUCCAAGUUUCAGGCUCAUUUUGCAUACAAAGUAUUUCAAUCCUCACUACAAACCAGAGAUGCAAGCCCAGUGCACACUCAUUAACUUCCUGGUGACCAGAGAUGGCUUGGAGGACCAGCUGUUGGCUGCUGUGGUGGCCAAAGAGAGACCUGAUCUGGAGGAACUUAAGGCUGGCCUCACCAAGCAGCAGAAUGACUUUAAGAUCGUGCUGAAGCAGCUGGAGGACUCGCUGCUGGCUCGGCUUUCUGCCGCUUCAGGAAACUUCCUGGGAGAUACUGCUCUCGUGGAGAAUCUAGAGACAACCAAACGCACUGCUACUGAGAUUGAGGAGAAGGUGCGAGAAGCAAAAAUCACUGAAGUUAAAAUCAAUGAAGCAAGAGAAAACUACAGGCCAGCAUCUAUAAGAGCAGCAUUACUGUACUUCAUUCUGAAUGACUUAAAUAAAAUAAACCCCAUCUAUCAGUUCUCUUUAAAGGCAUUCAGUGUAGUGUUUGAGAAGGCUAUCAUGCGCUCAGAGCCAGCUGAAGAGGUGAAACAGAGGGUCGAUAACCUAAUAGAUGAAAUCACCUACUCUGUGUUCAUGUAUACAAACAGAAGUCUGUUUGAAAGGGACAAACUUACCUUCACAGCACAGGUGGCAUUCCAAAUUUUAGUGAUGAAGAAGGAAGUGAAUCCUGCUGAAUUGGAUUUCCUCUUGCGAUUCCCAUUCAAAGCAGGUUUGAUCAGCCCGGUUGAUUUUCUCUCAAACCAAGGAUGGGGUGGGAUUAAGGCUUUGGCUGAAAUGGAUGAGUUUAAAAACCUGGACAGAGACAUUGAAGGUUCAGCAAAAAGAUGGAAGAAAUUUGUGGAGUCAGAGGCACCAGAAAAAGACAAGUUUCCCCAGGAGUGGAAAAAUAAGUCGGGACUCCAGAAACUCUGCAUGAUGAGGUGUAUGAGGCCAGACAGAAUGUCUUAUGCAGUACGGAACUUUGUUGAGGAAAAGCUGGGGACUAAGUAUAUAGAAGGCCGCAGUGUAGAAUUCUCAGUGUCCUAUGAAGAGAGCAGCUCAUCAACCCCAGUGUUCUUUAUCCUUUCACCGGGAGUGGACCCUCUCAAAGAUGUAGAAGCACUGGGUAAAAAGCUGGGCUUCAUGUUUGACAACAACAAGUUUCAUAACGUGUCUCUGGGUCAAGGUCAGGAAGUAGUUGCAGAGAAUGCUCUGGAUAUUGCUGCAAAGGAAGGACACUGGGUAAUUCUGCAGAAUAUCCAUCUUGUGGCAAAAUGGCUGAAUACUUUGGACAAGAAAGUGGAGAUGUUUAGUAUAGGGAGUCAUGAGGACUAUCGGGUAUUCAUGAGCGCAGAGCCUGCUCCUACAACUGACUCGCACAUCAUCCCCCAAGGCCUUCUGGAGAACGCUAUUAAAAUCACCAAUGAGCCUCCCACAGGCAUGCAUGCGAACCUGCACAAAGCCCUGGACUUGUUCAAUCAGGAUACCUUAGAGAUGUGCUCUAAGGAGUCUGAAUUCAAGUGCAUACUUUUUGCCUUGUGUUAUUUUCAUGCUGUGGUUGCUGAGAGGCGCAAGUUUGGUGCUCAGGGCUGGAACAGGUCCUAUCCCUUCAAUAACGGGGACCUCACAAUCUCUGUCAAUGUGCUGUAUAACUAUCUAGAAGCCAAUGCUAAGGUUCCCUGGGAUGAUUUGCGCUACCUUUUUGGAGAGAUCAUGUACGGUGGACACAUCACAGAUGACUGGGACCGGAAGCUCUGCAGAACAUACCUUCAAGAAUAUGUACGUCCUGAAAUGUUGGAUGGAGAACUGCACCUGGCACCUGGAUUCCUCAUACCUCCUAACUCUGACUACAAGGGUUACCAUGGGUAUAUAGAUGAAACGCUACCUGCAGAAAGCCCUUAUCUCUAUGGUUUACAUCCCAAUGCUGAGAUUGGCUUCCUGACCAUCACAUCUGAGAAACUGUUUCGAACAGUGUUAGAGAUGCAGCCCAAGGAAUCAGACGCAGCUGGAGGGGCUGGGGUCUCUCGAGAGGAGAAAGUAAAAGGACUUCUGGAUGAAAUCCUAGAAAAGCUACCAGAUGGAUUUAACAUGAUGGAGAUUAUGGCCAAGGUGGAGGAGAGGACUCCCUAUAUAGUUGUUGCUCUGCAAGAGUGUGAAAGAAUGAACAUAUUGACCAAAGAAAUAAGGAGGUCUUUGAAAGAGCUUGAUUUGGGUUUAAAGGGAGAAUUAACAAUAACAUCAGAUAUGGAGGAGCUCUCCAAUGCCCUGUUUUUAGAUAGUGUUCCGGAGUCUUGGACAAAGCUUGCCUAUCCAUCACUUCACGGACUAGGAGCUUGGUAUGCAGAUCUGUUGCUAAGAAUCAGGGAGCUGGAGUCCUGGACUACAGAUUUCGCCCUUCCCACAGCUGUGUGGCUGGCAGGCUUCUUUAACCCUCAGUCCUUCCUCACUGCCAUCAUGCAGUCCACGGCCAGGAAGAAUGAGUGGCCCCUGGAUAAGAUGUGUCUCUCUGUGGAGGUCACAAAGAAGAACCGCGAGGACAUGACCAGCCCGCCCAGAGAGGGUGCUUACGUGCAUGGUCUCUUCAUGGAGGGAGCUCGCUGGGACACUCAGGCUGGGGUGAUUGCAGAUGCAAGGUUGAAGGAUUUAACCCCUGCCAUGCCAGUGAUCUUCAUUAAAGCCAUUCCCGUGGACAGGCAAGAGACCAAGAACAUCUACGAAUGUCCAGUGUACAAAACUCGCAUCCGCGGACCAACCUUUGUCUGGACAUUCAACCUGAAAACAAAGGAGAAACCAGCUAAAUGGGUACUGGCAGCAGUCUGCCUGCUAUUACAGAUCUAAUCCACAAAUGUGUAAAACAAACACAGAAGGAACAGUUUUUGAAAGUUUAACCAGUUUGCAAAGGAAGUCUUUUUCAGUCUCUGUAUGGUGCACUCUAAAGUACACUAUCAACCAUUCCAAAACUUCUGUUUCUGUUCAGUUACACAUAAAGACUAGAAUAAAAAUGCAAAAAAAGGUUAUUUUUUAUAAAGCAUGAAAAAUUCAGCAAAAAGUGUUUAAGGUCAACCACUUAUGACAUCUCAAUUCAUCUGUUGGGUGUGCAGAGCUCAAAGAUCACAUUUCCUUGAACAAUAUACAGUCAGUAGAACUUAAAAACUAAGGAAAAUGAAUGUUUGGAGGGAUAACAUUGAGAAAGAUGAGAAAAUACAUUAAAGGCACAGGAACAUACAUUGUAAAACCAAAUGAGUUAAGGUUAAGUUAAAAAUAAAACUAUUUUAUUUUAUCCCACUAUUUUACAAAAUAGUGGGAUAAUGUGAAACUGUAGAAAAACUCUUUCGGCAGACAGUGAACAUAUGUCUACAUAGUUCUGGUGAAUUUAACCCAAGAUAACUUUCUGUUACUGUUCCCUUAACAAGUGACUGGUAGUGCUUUCACCAUUUCCCAGAAGUCGUCAAAUAACCACCUCCCCUUCCUUUGCCUUUGUCCUUGUGUAAAAGAAUGUUAGUAUUUCUGCUUAGGACUGUCUGCUUGAACAAUGUUUAUUCCUAAAAAUAUACUUUUUAUUAAACUAUUUUCAUCCCUAAUUUAAUAAUUAUAAACAUCCGCCUUCAAGGAGGGUGUUUUUAAUUCUUAUCCGCACUGGACCUGCAACAGCCAUAGUACUGUUAGUAUAUUAUUUAAUAAUAAUAUUAAACAAUACCUAAUGUAA